UCUCGUUCCGCUUUCUCUGGAGACGCAUCUACCUACCUGGAUACCGCCAGCCUCUGUCUUCGGUCUCUUUUUAUAGAACUGCCUUGUAUUGAGCGAUGGCCUCAGCUGCCUUCCAGAUCUUGGGCAUGGCCCUAUCAGUGGUGGGCUGGAUCGGCGCGAUCGUCACAUGUGCCCUGCCCAUGUGGAAAGUCACAGCGUUCAUCGGCAGCAGUAUUGUGACGGCUCAGAUCGCCUGGGAGGGACUGUGGAUGAGCUGCGUGGUGCAGAGCACGGGUCAGAUGCAGUGCAAGGUCUACGACUCCAUGUUGGCUCUGCCUCAGGACCUCCAAGCAGCGCGGGCCCUCAUGGUCAUCUCAGUGCUUCUGGCAGUCCUGGCCCUCCUGAUUGGCAUCGUGGGAGCCAAGUGCACCAACUGUGUGGAGGAUGAGAAUGCCAAGGCCCGUAUCGUCAUUGUCUCGGGUGUCAUCUUUGUGGUGGCAGGAGUCCUCUGCCUGAUCCCCGUGUGCUGGUCGGCCAACACCAUCAUCCGUGACUUCUACAACCCGCUGGUGACUGACGCCCAGAAGAGAGAGCUGGGGGCUUCCCUCUACCUCGGUUGGGCAGCUGCUGCCUUGAUGACCCUUGGAGGGGCCCUGCUGUGCUGCAAUUGCCCCAAGAAGGACAGCAACAACUACAGUGCCCGCUACACGGCAGCCGCCUCACAGCCCCGCAGCGAUUACCCCAGCAAGAACUACGUCUAGGAGCCCCAGCUCCGGAAGCUGCCAUCUUUCUGAAAGUUCAGCGCUGUUGGGUGGGAUGGAAUGACAUCCCUUCUAGGACACUGCACAGUUAAGGUCCCUGAACUGAAGGCAAAGUAUCUUGCUCUAAGGUUUCCAUCCAUCCUGUUCAGCCCAUCAGUAUUUCAUUUUUUCUCUCCACGGUCACCACAUCCUCGUUCCAGCUUCCUCUUGAAAUGCAGAACUCUUUCUGGAGAACAUCGUGGACUUAGGAUCAAUGCCCUCUUUUUACAUAGAUGGUGUGUCACCUCUCAGAAGACUUCUCUCCAGAUAGUUCAUGAGCAGUAUGCGUGUUGUCUCCAGAUGCCCGGCGUGGGGUGUCCAACAAGAGACUGGCUGCUGGCCCUGCCCUGUAGAGCAGCUUCUGUUCCAUAGGAUAUCGGUUUGGAGCGAGAGAAGUGCACCAAGUCUGGUCAUUAAAAGCUGUGACGCGUUUUUAAAAUAUUGCUUUUAAGUAAAGGCUGUGUAGCCUUUUGUUGCUAAACUAUUAAUUAAC